GACCGACGUUCCAGACAUCCAUAUAUCCAGCCUUGACAAAGCUGACAAAAGGGUCUCGUUAUAAGCGGCCACAUACGUCGUAGCAAUCGAGCAGAGAAGCAACGAUUGGCAUAGCAUGGCUGAGGAACACGACAUCACUUGAACGGCGGUUGACAAGAGAGUCAUGAGCAAGUCAAUAGGAGGCGACCGCGCAAGGUGCAAUGCCGAAUCUUCAACGCGACGACGAAAGUCGACAAAGCUCUCCUCGAUCAGCUGCCGCUCAGACCUCUUCCCGACGAUCGCCGACAACAGUACAAACACUUCAUCUGCUUAUCUCUCAGCUCUGAGCAACCGCUUCGGAUCAAUAUGGCGCAACCGUACAAUAUUGAUCUUUGGCCUAGCCACGGAUGUGGGCUCUCGAGAUGCUGCCUCUCGCGCUGUUCGUCCUCGCGAGUUGCGCAACAGCAGCAAGCCAUCCACGCAGCCAUUUCGUCAUCCAUGAUGCAGCUCGAUAUGUUCCUGAAGACUGGAAACCUGUUCCUACGGUCUCGGAAACGCGCAACGGCCGAAUCCACCGCCUACAUUUUGCACUCCGCCAGGCCAGUCGAUCUGAGCUCGAAGCAGAGACCUUGAAGCGCAGCGAUCCUCUUCAUGCAAAUUAUGGCAGAUACCUGACACAGGACGACGUCAAUAGUCUGCUCGCGCCAUCAUCGACGACGCUUGCCACUUUCGAAGAUUGGCUGAGCAGUCAUGGCAUUGAUCGAUCGGCUAUUGCUUACUCGAGUGCAAAAGAUUGGGCUCACCUUGAUGUCCUGCCUGAGCUUGUCGAGGCAAUGCUUGAUACCAAGCUGAAGGCUUACAAGCAUGCAAAGACGGGCGAAGUGAUCUGGCGUACUCAGGCAUACUCACUGCCUCUGUUCCUGCACGAUCACGUUGAUGCCGUACAACCGACAACCUACUUUGGUCAAGGUCGAAGCUCGCGCGAGCCUAUUGAGCAAAGAGGCGCAGCCCGAGGAUCGAGUCUCCAUCACGACAUCGUCAUUGACUCAGCGCAGAAGAAGACUGAGCGACGCUCGGUGUUUACUCCGAGCAAACGGCCAAAAGCUUGCCCGAGCGACAUUGCCAACCCGUACGAAUACGUCGUGCACCGUGACUGUCUGCGCGCGUUUCUUCGUCUGGGAUCUUACAAAGUCAAGAGCCAGUCCAAAGCGCCAAAGGUUGGAGUGCUCGGUUUUGAUGGCUAUCUCCCUACGCUCGCCGACUUUCAGGACCACAGUCUGCACGAGAUUGGUCCUCGGGCGAAAGACUACACUUACGAUCUCGUCUCGGUCAAUCAUGGUUCGGUCAAGAUCGAUCUGUCGACUGAUAGCAAUGAGCCUUUUCUGGAUGUUCAGCAAGUCGCUAAACUCGCUUAUCCUCUGCGCCAAGUAUACUACACCAUCGGAGGUACCGGCAAUGCUACCGACUUUCGUCCUUCGCGUACCGCGCCAACCGCUGAUGCUGACGAGCCCUGGUUCGCCGGUAUGACAGCUUUGUUCGAUCGCAAAGAGAUUCCCAAGGUGCUGGCUUCGUCGUACGGCGAUGAAGAGCGUACCUACUCGCCAGCGCUGGCUCGCCGUAUCUGCACGGUCUUCAUGGCCUUUGCCGCCCGUGGCAUCACUGUCCUGGGCCCAAGUGGCGAUGCCGGCUUAGCAUGCGACUCGGUAGCUUGCGAUGCUCCGGGCGGCAAGUGUGAAGGAUUGGUUUCUCUUUUCCCGGCAAGCUGCCCAUUCGUUCUCAGUGUGGGCGCUACCGAGCAAUUCGCGCCGGAAGCAGUCGGUGGCACAUAUCUGACGAGCAAGAAGCUUUCCGGUUGGAGCAGUGGCGCAGGGGUCUCGAACUACUUUGAGCGCCCGGCGUACCAAUCCAAUGCUGUCGCUUCUUACAAAGGCGCCCAUGUGCCUGAGCACAUCAAAUGGAACCCACACGGUCGCGCUUUUCCAGAUGUUGCUAUCCAAGGCACUGCGUCUGCCGUCUGGGCUGGCGGUGAUCCAUAUGCAAUCGGUGGAACAAGCAGUUCCGUACCUGCUUUUGGCGCCAUCGUCGCCCUGCUCAACGAUGCUCUCGAAGCAGAAGGCCGGCCUGCCAUGGGAUUCAUGAAUCCCUGGCUGUACCGUUUCGGCAUGUCGGGCUUUCGCGACAUCACUGUCGGCGCUACAUACGGCUGCGGAAGUCGGAACCUCGAUGCUAAAUUUGCCGCGACGCCAGGCUUCGAUCUGGCGAGCGGCUGGGGAACGCCAGACUGGCCCUCGCUUCUGGCCGAAGCGCUCAAGAGCGGACCCAAAUGAGGAUGGCUUGUAUACAAGAAUUGAUCAAUGAAAUCUUGGAGUUUACUCGAGGCCAUAGGCCUUAGGCCUGACAGCUGACAGUGGGAGCA